AAUAAUUGUCUAGUAAUUCACUAUCACAUGUGUUAAUUUUCUAACAUGUAAAGGUUAUGACUAGCGUUUAGCCGGUUUAAAUUUAAAACACUGGAUUAAAUUUAUAGUAAAUAAAAUUAAAAAUUUGUCACUUAAAUACACAAUGAAAGAUUUUAAAUUUGGGUAUCGUGAAGUAAUACCUGACCAAACAGUGGCUGAAAAAUGGAAAGAAAUAAUACUUAAUACAGGAGGAACUCAAAGUAUAUUACAAGAUGUUAAAGUGGCUGAAAGAGCUGGUGGCUAUUGUUACCAGGAUUCAUCAAAAUACUAUACACGAAAUCGAUUUAUUUACUGGCGUAUUUAUCAUGAUAUUCUUGAGUUAGUUGAACAAAGCAUGGAUGUGAAUUUAAUAGACGCUCGUGUACGAUACCGUUUUACCGAUACACCGAUAUUAGAUGGUAUUACAAUACACGAAAUUAAUGGACAAGUGAUUAUAUUAAUUCCAACUGUAUGUAGUGUCCAUUGCUUAACGUUUUCUCAUCCCGAAAGAAUUCAUAAACAACAUAAUGUAUUUGGUGCUAGUCAUCCAGAUCUUACUGUUCCAUCCAUUUUUGCCGAAGCUAGUGUAUUACAAGCAAAAGAUCCUUCAACUUAUCAUGUUGUGAAUAAUAUCGGAUCAGUAUUACCUCAUGCCGCAGCAUCAACUUUCAAUCGAGCAGAUAAUGAAGCAACAUUUAUAUUAGCUUAUAAUACAAUUACAAUACUUUUAAUUCGUAUGGUACUUAAUAGUACACAAUGCUAUACUACUGAAUUAAAACAAGAUUCUAUUGUACCUCGAUUUUUAUCAGGAAUUGCAGGUGCAUUUAGGAGUGGAAAAAGUACGGAUGGACAAGUAGCAGUGAGCUUAUUACUUCAUUGCAUUCAAUCAGAAACUUACGCUUUGGUCCUAGGUAGAGAUGGUCACUUAAGAGUUUGGUCAUGUUCAAAAAGUGCUUGUGUUAGAAGUGUAGAUGUUUUAGGUGAUACUGCUGACAGUCAAUCGCAAUUAACACAAGGGUCUCAAAAUCAUAUUUUAAGAAAAUCAACAGACAGUGAUGAAGAAAAUUUAUUAAUUGGAAUAUUUUUAUGCUUUUCAAAUGCUUGCCAAUUUCAAAUAUUUAAAGCAGGUUUUGAGGACGGAAUGUUCGUAUUUUUAAGAGUGUGUACUUUGUAUGCACCAGAGUAUGAUUUAGUGGAUUACACAUUGGAUAGUCAACGUUUAUGGGUUGUUUGGCGGGGUUCACAAGGUGACUGUUCCGUUACGAAUUCGUAUUUACUCGAAUCUGGACAAACAGCAUUAUGGAUGCCAUCUGUACUAGAACCAGCGCCACCACGUGAUUAUAUACCAGCAGAUUCAAAUUUAGAUCCUCGUCAAGCGUAUUCUGAUUAUAUAUUUUAUCCUGGUCGAUUUCCAUUUUUUGUUAUUAUUCGUGCUUUAAGUAUUUAUAAGAAAUCAGCAAUGUUAACAGAUGUUUCAAUAUCACCAACCUUACUUAAACAACGGGUGUGCAUGGCAAUUGAAGCAGAAAUUCAAGCUGAAGUUAUGGAAUAUGAAUUGAGUGAUGACGAUUAUUUAGAAAUUUCAAACAGAUGUUGGUCACGAUUUUAUUCAUGCUGUGCCCAAUAUAAUGCUACCGGAGCACGACCUUUGGGCAUUUUAUUAUUACCACCUGUGUCGGGAUUAAUAUUAAUACGAAAAGCAACAAUAUCAAUAAUGCGUCCAAUGGAGAUUUUGGAACAUCUUAUAUUGUGUGGAUCUCACACGACAGUAGAACAAUUACUUUCUUCACAUAUGGUAUCGAAUGAUCCUGCAGUUUGUAAAGAUUUAUUACAAUUAAUAUCGAUUCUGGUAUCUAUCGAACAGUGUUUGACAGAUGAAAUUAAAGCAAAUAUUGAAAAAGAAUUAAGGUUUUUCCGACCACCUGAUCAAAUAAUCGCUGAAUUGGUCGAAGAAUUAAUUUCUAGUGGUAAUGAUUCAACUAUUUCGGCAGCAGUUAUUUGGGAACUAUGUCGUAAAGCUUCUGGUAUAACUGAUCUGUACCAAGCAAUUCAUUUUCUAUUACAAAUAUUACGGUUGGAUAAAUAUUAUGUUUACAAUGAAGAUUCUGAUGAUGAAAAUGGUCCUUAUUUAAGAAAAAUGUCUGCGAUGAUUGAUCAUAUGUAUUCUAGUUCAUUAGGAGCAUCGGUAGUUACAGAAAGUGUGCACCAAAUGGCAAUUAUAAGGUUCUCAAUUUGUCGCAAUUUAUUAUUUUUGCAACAUAUUCUCUUAGAAGGUAGACAGCAAGAUUGGGAUAUUUUAGAAGCAAUUCGAUCUGUUUGUAUGCCGGAUACCGUUGUUUUUACGCAAGCAUAUUUUACGAUUGUAUGGCUAAGCGAAACAAUUGCGUCACCUAUAACUAUGUUGGAAAGCUCUCAACAAAAAUUAUCCUGUUUACAACUUGCACCUGUGAUAACAAGUUCAAGAGCUUUGUCUCAACGAUACACAACUCUACCGGAAUUAUUUAUUUUGGGUGAUGGUGGAAGGCGUGCUCAUCAACAAUUGGCCAAUUUACAGAGUGAUUUAAAUGCAAUUCCAUACUGGCACAACUCUUUACUAACAUAUGCUGGAAUUAUUUCUAAAUUAAUUUGGCCAGUUAGUGGUACUCUUACACUUGGUGAAUGGCUGUUAUCUAGUGGCCAACAUUUAAUUUUACAACAAUAUGUUCGACAAUUAAGUCCAUGGUGUGAAUGGAACAAUUGUUCACGUCAAUUUUUGUUAGCGGUAGCAUUUCUUGCAAAUGGUGAACGUCGUAAAGCGCUAGACUUAUUCCAGUUAGCUGCGAAUGGAAUAUAUACGGAUAAAUUUUUAAUUGAAAAGAUUAUUAAUUUAUCGGGAGAAGAAAAUACUGAAACGAAAGCUUUAACAGAAUAUUACUUAAAGGUUAUUAAUUUAUUUGAACAAUACGAUGCAUAUGACUGUGCAAUUAAAAUGGCUGAGACCGCAAUUAGUCGAAUUGAUGAUGAAAACGAAACACAUUUAGCUACAUUACACUCAAUAAUUUUUGUACAUCAUUUAAAUUUGGAUCAUUAUGAGCAAGCAUAUCAUGCAUUAGAUGCAAAUCCAGACCGUAACAGACGUAAAGAUUGCUUACGACAAUUAGUUGGUACAUUAUUGGAAAAAAAACAAUUGGAUACAUUAAUUAAAUUUCCGUAUGUUGGUAUGAUUUCUGAAUUUGAAAAUAUUGUUGAAUCACGAGCCCGUGCAAUGAAUUUGCAGGAAAAUUAUGUAUAUGAUUUUCUAUACAGCUUUCAUAUGAUCAAAGGAAAUUUUAGACGAGCUGGAACUGUUAUGUACGAACAAGGUCUAGUGUUGAGCCAAAUAAAUCAAGAAUGGGCACUUGAACGACAAGUCAAGAGUUAUUUAUCAUGUUUAAAUUGCUUGUAUUUAGUCGAAAAACCAUUUCAAUUUAUUGUUCGACCGAGAGCUUUUGUUGAUGAGCAACCUGUUGUUGAAAUUGCAGAAAAUGUUGAAAUACCAGGUGUUGGCCCAUUGAAGAUUGAAUUAACAGAUGAAAUUCGAAAAAGAUUGCAAAAUACUUUUCUGACUAUAUCAGAAUUUCAAAAUGAUGAUGGAGCGGAAAAAAUUGAAUUAAAACGUGAUAUUGAAGUGUUAAAUAUUGAAGAUAUUAAAAAGGAAUUGGAACAUGUAACUGCCAGAUUAACAUUAUCCAAAUUAAGUCCACAAUUUCAAAUAUCCUGCUAUUCUACGCCAAAUGAAUUAGUUGGUUUACUUUUAAAUGUGGGAUUAUUUGAAGCAGCAGCUAAUUUAUGUACGACAUUUGGCUUGUCGUAUGAUACAGUUUUUGAAGCACUUACAACAGCUUGUCUGCGAUUAAAUCGUAAUCAAUCUCCUGAAUCAAGUGCAUGGUUAAUUAAAAAUUCUGUAGCUGAUUUGGCAUUAGGCGAAACUAGUGCCGCAAAAGUUGGUUGGAUGUUUUUAAAAGAAAUGUUGAUGAAAUACGAGGAAGAUAAUUUAACGGUUUUACAUAAAGUUGUUGCAAGACGUAUUAUUGCAUUCAAUGGAUAUCUUCCAUAUUGGCUAACAGCAUCGUAUAAGGUUCGAAAUGCCGGUGAGUUAAUUCGUUUGUACAAUUCAAGUGGUCGAAUAUUGGAAGCAUGUAGGAUAUGUGUUGAUUAUGUUGAUGCCGCGUUAGGAAAAGGAAAAGAAUUGUUUGGUUUAAAGAAUCCAAUAUUGCCAAAUGCACCUCCGCUCUGCUUGCCAACAUUCACAUUUUUCCAUAUUUUACAAAGAUUAAAACGUCUUUCAGAAGCUAAUGAAAAGUAUCGUGUAUACUACCAACAUCUCCAUAAUGUUUUGAAAAAAUAUGCAACUACAGCCCGUCGAAUAUCAGCGGAUUAUGAAAGAAUACAAUGGCAAAAAGCCACCGCACGGGCUAGUACUAGUAGUAGUGUAGAAGCUUAUUAAAUUGUGAGUUCAUAUUUUUGUACUUUGUUAAAA